AUGGAAAAAGCAAGUAACGUGGUGGCUAUGCUUGGCAAGAACUGUUUGGGAAUUGUAUCAGAACAUCGCAAUGGUCCGCAGGCUCAGACUGAGACAGCGACAGGAACUGUGGUAGAGUCUUCGGAAUUGAGUAAUAUAUUCAAAUUUGGAGAGCGCUUGUUGGUGUGUUUCUCAGGUCUAAGUUCAGAUAUCACGACAGUGCGAAAUCAGCUCAGUUUCCGCAAGGAUGUUUACGAGCUGAGAGAGAUGUGUAACAUCACUCCGAUUGCCUUGACAAAUAUACUCUCGAAUUACCUCUACGAACAUAGAUUUGCUCCAUUUUUUAUUGAAUCAAUCGUUGCUGGAUUAGAUCAAAAUACUAUGGAACCAUAUAUCUGUUCAAUGGAUCUGUUUGGUCAGAGGAAUGUCGCAAAGGACUUUGCCGUAGUCGGCUCAGGAUCUAAGCAACUUUAUGGCGUUUUCCAGACUUUAUGGCGACCAAAUUUAGAGCCACAUCAACUCUUCGAUAACAUUUGCCAAUCGAUGAUCAGUGCAAUGGAUCGUGAUGUGAUGAGUGCUUGGAGUUCCAUUGUCAUGAUCCUUGAAAGCGAUAAACUGACAGAGAGAACUAUUAAGGGUCGCGUGGAUUAA